AUGAAAAGCAAAAUGUCUUAUAAACCAGUAACACACAUGCUUUUUGAUAUGGAAGGGUUAUUAUUAGAUACAGAGAGGUUGUACAAUGUUGCAUACCAGGAAGUCUGUGACAGGUUCAAUAAGCAGUAUACCUGGGAGGUGAAGUCGUCUGUGAUGGGCAAGAAAGCUCUGGAGUGCCUGGUUUUUGAAGAUGCACCAAAUGGGGUAAAGGCGGGUCUGGCAGCCGGAUUGCAGGUGGUGAUGAUCCCAGACGAUAACCUGGACAGCAGCCUCACCCAGGAGGCCACCUUGCUGCUAAGAAGCAUGGAAGAGUUCAGACCAGAACUUUUCAGUCUCCCAGCCUACCCUUAAGGACAGUAAUCACCACAGUGAUUUAAAUUCCACUAUGCUAUAUCUUGUCAAUUUUUGAAAAAUGGAUUUCAGGCUGCAGUGUAGCUCCUGCAAUCAAAAACAGGAGAAACUAAUCUUCACCAUUAUUUCUGUGUGAGCCAUGGAUUUGCUGUUCAGGGACACAACAGAAUGCUGAUUGUUUCGAUUUUUAUUUUAUUUUAUUUUUUUUUAGACAAUCACAACUCUGAAUCUCUUUCCUUUGACCACCCAAAUAACACUGAGACAAAUUUGAUUAAGCAAUUAGCCUCAGUCUAACCAUUAGGCCAUAUUGACAUUUUGCAUUUCAACCAAUUACAGGGUGUAAUUUCUUUCAUUUCCCCCCCUUCCAAAUGCAGAUGUCUUGAGCGUUUGUGUCUCUGUAUAUAAAUCUUUGAUUCAAGCUCACAACUUUCCGGUCAUGGUUUAAAUUUACAGUACGUGGCGGUUUAACAAUCCCACUCAACCAGCCGUGUUUUCUAUUAGCAUUACCUUUCCUCUUUGCAGAGGUCUAUUAAAAUACCAAAGAGAUUUUUUGAGUUUGAAUCCAUGUGGCGUAAUCCAAUAAAGGGUAUCCGAGAGCACAGUCGUCUUUCAUCUUCUUCCAGUGUCCGCCCUCACAGAGCUGGAGUUAGCAUGUUCACUCACUUCAGCGCUGUCCAACAUCUCAGAGAGUUCAAGCCUGUCUUCUUUCAGCCUUCCCCUCUGGUAGGAAGAAAAGGGUUUUUGCCAGCAUCCUCUUCCUCCUCCGCAUAUGCCACGUCCUUUCAUCCUUAAAGAUGGGGUAAUCUGGAAAGCUUUUCCUUCUUUAGGACUUUCCACUCCAAGAAGGCCUUUUACAUGUCAUUUCACACCUGAAGGAUCUAAGGCUUAGGGUGUGAGCGUCUGGAGUGUGUGUGCAUUCACCAGUGUUA